UUUGUGUAUAUAGUAUAGUUGUUGCCGCAGAGCAAGUUCAAGAGUUGCUUACACUCCGUAAGACUUUUGUAUAUUUUACGAUGGGCUUCUUUUAAAUCGAUCGUGCACCUCAUAGUCAUUAUCAUAUUCAAUCACUACCGACGACUGCAACAUCGUGUAUUUGUGAUAUUUUUUUUCCUUGUACGUUUUGUUCUACAUAACUGCAGCCAGUUCAAAUCGACAAAUUAAAUAAAAAAAUAAGAUAUAUAUGCAUGUAUAAAUGUUAUAUAUAUUCAAUGAGAAAACCUGAAACACAAACAAAUUAAAAAGAAACGACGUGAAAAAGAAUUCUCUAAUCAACGAAGAUAAGGUGUAAAUAAACGAAUGCAUUGUUUGUUCUUCAUUCCGCGUUUUUAGAAACAAAAACAACAACAUGGAAAACCGAAAUCAAUAUCAAAAUAUAGCUACAAUGAGUAUGCUCAAAAAUGCCGUCGGGCCAAUGCAACCAAAAUAUUCGGAACAACACCGUCGCUUGUCAUCGACACCCUUACAAUUGAACAUUGAUGCACAACAAAGUCAAUAUAAUGAAGAUUUGCUGCCACCACCCAGCCCGGUCAGCUCAUCGUAUAGUGAACUGAGACGGGCUACUGAAAAUCCAUACCCAACAAUGCCAAUUUAUCCAUCAACAUCACAACAUCCACCACAACACACAUAUGCAAAUAUAUACCAAUCCGAUUAUACGUAUGCUUCCAGUCUUAGGCAAAUUUAUCGAACGCCCGAAUCUGUGGAUCAAACGCAAAUAUCAUCGCCAUAUGAAUCAAUCUACGAACCGAUCAAUUCACGUCCGCCAAGCCAAAUGUCCAAUCGCUCUAAUUAUCCAUCGUAUUCGUCUUCGUCAUCGGCCUACGUGAACGGUGGCCGAAGUAGUAACAGUAGCAUUAGUGGAAGUAAUCUUCAUUUAGCAUCACCGAAAAAUCCAACGAAUAAUUCAAUGAUUCCGGGAGUGGGAGUGGGAGCGGGAGCGGGUGGCGGUAAAAAUUUUCGUGAAGCUGAAGUUGAUGUCUUAACUGAGCUAUUAGUUCAGUCGAUGAAUAUGGGCGCUGAUACGGAUAGUUUUGGCAUUUGUGUGCAAUGUGGUAAAAAGGUGAUUGGCGAAGGAUCCGGUUGUACGGCCAUGGAGCAAAUUUAUCACAUCGAAUGCUUUACGUGCUGCCAAUGCCAAAUUAAUUUGCAGGGAAAACCAUUUUAUGCUCUGGAUGGAAAACCGUGCUGUGAGGAGGACUAUUUGAAUACCCUUGAAAAAUGUUCGGUGUGUGUUAAACCAAUAUUGGAGCGAAUUCUACGUGCCAAUGGAAAACCAUAUCAUCCAAAAUGUUUCUGUUGUGUUGUAUGUGGAAAAAGUUUAGAUGGUGUUCCAUUUACCGUUGAUGCUACCAAUCAAAAUCAUUGCAUUGAAGAUUUCCAUAAGAAAUUCGCGCCACGUUGCUGCGUUUGCAAGUUACCAAUAAUGCCGGAACCGGGAGAAGAUGAAACUGUUCGUGUCGUUGCAUUGGAUCGAAGCUUUCACGUUGAAUGUUAUAAAUGUGAAGACUGCGAUAUGCUGUUGUCAAGUGAAGCUGAAGGUCGAGGGUGUUAUCCACUUGACGAUCAUAUAUUGUGCAAGGCAUGCAAUGCAAAGCGCGUCCAAAUGCUGACUAGUCGCAUGACCACUGAAUUAUAAUAAUGCAUUCCACGCACACAAGUUUAUACAUUUUACAAAAUCUAAAACAAAUUAAAUUACUUCUUUCGCGAAAAGAAACAAAAAACUAUUCCAUACAAAAAAAAUUAUGCUUAUUAAACAAACUUGAAUAUUUGAUAUAUAUGUAUACACACAUCGAAUGGAGUAUUAUAAAUGUGAUGAUUCAAAAUUUAGAGUAAUAAUGAUGUAUUGAGAAAAAUGGCAAAACCAUAACAAAAACAAGGUACUCAACAACGCACAAAUCACGUCAAUAACCUCCAAUGUAUUUCAAUAAUAUUCGUAAAAAUAUAUGUAUUGUGUACACAAAUAA